UGUUCCAGCACCUCGCGCCUGGUGGACAGCGGAGCGACCCCGGUGUGCGCCGCCCAGGCUGGCCUCCAACUCGCUGCAGUCCUUCUGCCUCUGCCUCCCCAGAGCUGGGAUUACAGGCGUGUGCCGUCUCGCCUGGCCAACUUCUUUUUUAAACAGGAAACAAAAGAUGUCUGAUUGAAACAAAAAGAUGUCCUAGUCUUUUAAGUGAUACUGGGCCGUAAGCUUUGCUCAGGUGCUGCACGUGUAUCACAUUUUCAUCAGUGUCAGCUCUGUAGUGACAGCACAUCCCUUGAGGUGAUGAGGAGGUUUGUGUUACUGUAUGCCACACAGCGAGGGCAGGCAAAGGCCAUAGCAGAAGAAAUAUGUGAGCAGGCGGGAGCACAUGGGUUUUCUGCAGAUCUUCACUGUAUCAGCGAGUCCGACAAGUAUGAUCUAAAAACGGAAACAGCUCCUUUGGUGGUGGUUGUUUCUACCACAGGCACUGGAGACCCGCCUGACACCGCCCGAAAGUUUGUUAAAGAAAUACAUGACAAGACACUGCCGGGUGAUUUCUUUGCUCACCUGCGAUAUGGAUUAUUAGGUUUGGGUGAUUCAGAAUACACGUACUUCUGUAACGGGGGAAAGGUAAUUGAUAAACGACUUCAGCAGCUUGGCGCCCGGCAUUUCUACGACACUGGCCACGCCGAUGACUGUGUAGGUUUGGAACUUGUGGUUGAGCCAUGGAUUGCUGGACUCUGGGCUGCUCUCGCAAAGCACUUUAGGUCAAGGGAAGAGCACUGGGAGAUGAAUGGGGGUCUCCCAAGAGCACCGAAUGCCUCCUUGAGUACAGAGGCUGUGAAGCCGGAGUCAUUGCCGCUUGAAUCUCAAGUGGAACUUCUGAGGUUGGGUGAUUCAAGAAGAAAGGAUUCUGAGGUUUUGGAACAAAAUGAAGCGAAUAGAGGUCAAUCAAGUGCUUUCACUGAAGGCUUUGAACCCUCGCUGAUCUGCUCGGUACCCCCACUCUCGAAAGCCUCUCUGAGUAUUCCUGCUUUGCCCGCAGCAUAUUUGCAGGUGCAUCUGCAGGAGCCCCUUGGCCAGGAGGAAGAAAGUCAAGCAUCUGUGCCUUCAGUGGAGCCAGUCUUUCAAGUUCCAGUCUCAAAGGCUGUUCAACUUACUACCAGUGAUGCCAUAAAAACCACUCUGCUGCUAGAACUGGACAUUUCCAAAACAGAUUUCUCCUACCAGCCUGGAGAUGCCUUCAAUGUGCUCUGUCCGAACAGUGACUCUGAGGUGCAGGAUCUGCUCCACAGGCUGCAGCUCGCUGAUGAGCGGGACCAGCGCGUUCUCCUGCAGGUCAAGGCCGACACCAGGAAGAGAGGAGCUGCCCUUCCCCAGCACAUACCUGAGAAGUGUUCUCUCCGGUUCAUGUUCACCUGGUGUCUUGACAUACGAGCAGUUCCGAAAAAGGCAUUUGUGCGAGCUCUUGUGGACCACACCAGCAAUGGUCCUGAAAAACGGCGGCUGCAGGAGCUAUGCAGUAAGCAGGGAGCAGCAGAUUACAACCGGUUCGUCCGGGACGCCUGCAUCUGCCUAUUGGACCUGCUCCUGGCCUUCCCAUCCUGUCAGCCGCCACUUGCCGUCCUGCUCGAACAUCUUCCUAAACUCCAGCCCAGGCCAUAUUCUUGUGCAAGCUCGAGUUUGCGUCACCCAGACAAGCUUCAUUUUGUCUUUAAUGUCGUGGAGUUCUUGUCACACACCCCGGAGGUGGUGAUUCUGCGGAAGGGCCUCUGCACGGGCUGGCUGGCCGCCUUGGUCGCCCCAUUUCUUAAGCCAGACUCACAGGCAUCGCAUGCGGACGGCGGAAAAGCCCCGGCUCCUAAGAUAUCCAUCUCUGCUCGAGCAGCCAGUUCUUUCCACUUACCAGAUGACCCCUCAGUCCCUGUCGUCAUGGUGGGUCCGGGAACCGGCAUAGCACCCUUCAUUGGCUUCCUGCAACAUAGAGAGAAACUCCAAGAACAGCACCCAGAUGGAAGUUUUGGGGCCAUGUGGUUGUUUUUCGGCUGUAGACAUAAGGAGAGGGACUACUUAUUCAGAGAAGAGCUCAGGCAUUUCCUUGAGCAGGGGAUCUUGACUCACCUAAAGGUCUCCUUUUCAAGAGAUGCCCCUUUUGGGGAGGAGAAGGCUUCAGCGAAGUAUGUGCAAGGCAGCCUGCAGCUGCACAGCCAGCAGGUGGCAAAGGUCCUCCUCCGGGAGCGCGGCUGCAUUUACGUGUGUGGAGAUGCAAAGAAUAUGGCCAAGGAUGUCAAUGACAGCCUUGUGGAAAUAAUAAGCAGAGAGCUUGGAGUUGACAAACUGGAAGCAAUGAAAACUUUGGCUACUUUAAAAGAAGAAAAACGUUACCUUCAGGAUGUUUGGUCAUAAAACCAAAAAAGAAAUAAGCUUUUUUUGCUGAAAAUCUUAAACAGCAGUUUUAAUGAAGGUGAAAUUUAAAUCUGAAAAAAAAUGUUUUACAUUUUUGGGGGGCCGGAGGGAAGUGGGUCACUUAACAGCGAUUCUGCCUGCCCCACCCGCUCCCUUCCUCUGCCUGCCACCCCCGGCCAAGUGCCUGUGUGUGGCUCCCGGAGCCUAGGGGCGGCCCCUGCUCACCUGCAGGGCCUCACGUCUGGAGAAGUGGGAGACCUCGCCCAGUCUGUUGGAUGCUGCAUUGCCUGAGGAGUCUUCGGAUAGGAUACUCUCGUGGGUGCCGGAUGGGCUGGAAUCUGCUGGGUACACCACACUUAUAAACUUCCCUUGCUGAUAUUUUUUUUUAAAUAAUGUGAAAGUAAUUUGUCUAAUGUAUAUUGAUAAAGAAUAUUCAUCUUGACUUAUUUAAAUUAUACGUGUAGAAUCUACCUGUUGCAUAUUUAUAACUAGCAAAUGAUUGUUUAUCACCAAAACUGUAUUUCUGAGAAAAUAUUUUAAUUUUAAAUUAAUCUAUCUGUAAGAGUUUUUAUGGGAUUAAAACAAAUAUGUUUUGAAAUUUU